GCGAGACAACUACAUUCAAUUCCGUACAUGGUGAGACGACCCACAGGAUCGGAGGCUUGAAGAGUCUCUACGAGGUAAGGAAGGAGUUGCAGGGGAAGCACAUGCAGCCCAACCUGCGAACAAAACCUUGGCGAGAUGCGGAGGUGGCGGAGGGGCACUGCAAGUCGCGCUUCCAAGUCCGAGAGGAUCCACCGGAGUUGUCCACGGACCUAAAUGGCGUGGAACUGCCAGAGACUUGCUUCUACGAUGACUCGAAAGGCCCUCACCACAUCUUUGUUAUCGGUGACUGGGGUGGCGUCAUCGACUGGUACGAUUCAAAUAGCCACUUUGUAAAGUCCCCGAAGACGGCGGACCACACCAGGAAGGUCUUUGCAUCCCACCAUCGGGACAAGGUCAACAGCUCUGACACCUGGGCUCAGUUCAAUGUCAGUAGGUGGAUGUGCUACUACAGCGCGAAGUGGAAUCCAGACUUUGUCGUCAAUCUUGGGGACAACUUUUACUGGGGCGGCAUCAACGUGCAGUGUGGAGCCCCAAUGGACAAGGUACAGGACCCUGGGUUCCAGUGGAGCAACGUUUACGAGAGCAUGUACUCUUGUGACGCCCUCCAAGGAUUGCAGUGGCUGGGGGUGCUGGGAAACCACGACUACGGCGGCUUCAUGUUCACCAACGGCUGGGACCAGGCAAUUGCUUACACCUGGUCGAAGCUGCAUUUCAGCUCCGGGCGAUGGUUGCAGCCGUCCUUGUACUACAAGUGCCCCGUGAAGUACAGCGAGUUCUCCAUGGACAUCUUCUUCGUAGACUCAAACAUCUUUGAUGCCAACGACUACCACGAUACCAGUGGGCAUAACAUUUGCGGAG